GGAUUUUAAGCGCUGUGCUACAAUACAACACCUAAGCGAAGUUAUUAUUUGCAGUCACAGACAGUUAUUACCCUAAUUUAAAUACGGUAUGUCAAAACCGUUUACUUGGCCUGUGUGUAAUCUUUGACAGUUUGGUCGUUUACUCUGUAUUUAGCUGUGGUCCCAGAAGGCGUGUUUGCACUAUGCGCAUGUCGGCUGGAUCUGCCAACAUGGCAGACGAUGCUGAUCGAAAACAUAAAGUUGCAGCCGGUUUAAAAAAGCUGAAGCAGUUUCAGCAGCGUUCUGUGAAAAAAACUACGAAACGGAGAUCUUCCGACACGCUGUCGCCUCAGACUGUACAGGACGACCAAGCAAGCGCUCAGCAACUUGAUGAGCAAAGUUCUGCAAUGUCGCAGUCUUCAAUGCCCAAGGAAGCUCUGCCAGUGACAUCACAGUCUUGUCAAGACCUUUCACAAUUGAGGGAUGAUGUUCACCCAAGCCAGAGGGUGCUGUCGUCUACUGAAAGCCUUCGUCAGAUCACUCUGCAGUUGAAUGGCCUUAUGGCAGAUACGAAUGCUGCACUGAAUGGCGAGAUGGCAACACUUGCAGACUCAUCUUCAUCUGGAGCACUGCGAGGUGCAGAUGAACUUCUCCGAAGGAACCAAGAGUUGGCUACAACACUUGAAGCAUUGCAGCAGGACAGGGAUCAGCUUGAAUUUCAGCUGCAGGAGUUAAAAGCAAAACUGGCUCGGCAGCAGCGCGAGUUUGACCGUGAACGGGAGGAAAUAGAGGAGCAGAGCCGGCGUGAGCAGGUUGCUCUGAAUGAUCAGCUUCAGGUCCAUAUACAGACCAUUGGCAUUCUAGUGGCUGAGAAGACCGAACUUCAGUCAGCACUUUCUCAGAGCCAACAAACAGCCAAGCAAAAAGCAGUGGAAACAGAAGAGCUACAAGGCAGGCUGAAGGCUCUACGGGAGAGAAACAGUGACCUGGAGCGCAAGCUCAGCACAGUCAGCAGCCAGAGUCAGGUCCAAGAAAAAAGCACCAAGGAAUCUCAGAGAGAAGUGGAUCGUCUUAACACGGAAAACUACAGGCUUAGCAAGUCCAUGGAAGAGCUAAGGCAGGAGCUCGCUGAACUGUCUGAGAAGCUGAGCAGAAAGUCAAAGGAGGCUGAAGAAGGGCAGCAAGAGCUGGCCAGGGUCCGGCAGGAUCUGUCAAUGGCUCAGCUGUAUGCCCAGCAGCUUGGAGGAAGCCAAGCAUCUGAGGAGGCAUUGACCCGCAUGGAGCAGCUGCACCAGGAGAAAGUACAUUUUGAGCGCCGUGCUGCUGAGUAUAAAGAUGCUAUGGAGCAGAUUACAGCUGAAAAGCAGCAAAUGGCAUCACAUUACCAGUCCUACGUGGAUAAUGUUUCACAGCAGCUUGAUGCACACAAAACUAAGCUGGUACAAAUGUCAGAUGAAAAGGAAAAACUUGAAAAGAAGUUGCAGGAAUUGCUAAGUCAACAUGCACAGCCCACUUCUCAAGUUUCUGAAGAUCCUGAAAUUAGGCUGAAGCUCCAGCAGUAUGAGCAAGAGCUGGAAACUCUUAGAGCAGCAUGUGAAACACAGAGCAGUGACAACCAGCAGCUGAGUGGUUUGUUGGCAGAGCGCGAGGCUCAGGCUGAGGAGCUUGCAGCAGCCCUGGAACGGCUACGGGAGGACCAUGUAGAAAGCAGCCGGCUCCUGGAGACAAUCCAAAGUGAAAAGGUGGCUGCCAGCCGGGCGCUGUCCCAGAACCGAGAGCUGAAGCGCCAGCUGGAGGAGAUGCAGGAUGUCUUUGUCAAGUUGAGCAAUGAUAAGCUUGAGCUAACUGAACAGCUUCAGAAGGAACAGCAUGUUACCAAAGAGCUUGGAGAGCGUUUGGGGCAGCAAGAAGAGGAGCUGCGCGAGUUACGGGACCAGCUCGCCACCAAGGAGGGUCAAGUGCAGGGCCUUGAGCAACUGUCAAGUCGGGAGCACUAUCAGCAAAGUCAGCUGGCUGAUCGUGUGCGCCACUACCAGGCCCAGUGCCAACUCACUGAGAUACUGCAGCAAGAGCUUGCCCAGGCACAGGCUCGAACAAAUGCCUUGGUGACGCAGAACUCAGACCUUCGAAAGGCAUUGGCUGAAAGGGCACAACUGGCUGUUGAUGUGCAGGAGAAAGAUUCUAGCAAAGUCCAUGACUUGGUAGGAUCAUUAUCAGCUUCUGUGCAACAGCUGGAACUUGAACGAGACCAAUUAGUUCACCAGCUGGAUGAACAGCGGACGCAGAGAGAGGCACUUCAACAUCAGCUGUUGGAGUUCAAAAAGAGUGAAGAGGAGUUGCUGUCACAUGAGCAAGAGGAGGUGACACGCGAAGGCUAUGCCAAAAUGAAGAGAGGCAUGCAGCAACUUGAGGACCGUUUCAAGGCUACUAUGGACCAGAUAGCUGACCUGUCAGAUCAGAAGCAGCAGCUGGAGCACUUGGUCACUCAGCUACAAGGGGAGACAGAUACCAUAGCGGACUACAUUGCUUUGUACCAAGUGCAACGAGGUAUCAUGCGGAAGCGUGCUGCAGAGAAAGAUGACUACAUCUCGCAGCUCGCUAAGGACAGGGAAGAUCUCAAGGCCAAGUUGGCUGAACUACAGUGCCUCAUUGUGCGCUUGUUGGAAGAUCGCCAACAGCAGUCUGGUCAGUCCGUUCUGCCGCUGCCAGGAAAAGUCCUCACAGUGUCGUCCUUUGCUGAUGCUCUUCAAAAUGGCCCAAAUGCUGGAGAUACUGGGAGCAAACCUUUUAAUGGCUCCUCAGAUGAGGUGCAGGAAGAUGUCACUGCGAAAAAAAUUAUGCAUCUGUUGACUGAGAUUGAAAGCUCAAGUGCUGUUGAUGGCUCACCUGUUCCGGACACCUUCCAUCCAUGCCCGGUGUGCUCAGGACGUUUGCUGACUGUCUAGGUGCAAACUGAAGCAGUUUCAUCCUUGCUGGAUGUCCUGGAAGACCCAAAGGUUUACCUUAAACACACUAAACGCACAGAAGUGUUCCGGUGCAGCCGUCCCAGUCACAGAGGAACAUUCCAUCAGUGGCUAUUGUUCAUAAAGUGUAACACAGGGCUCCAAAGAGCUGGAAGGAGGACAGCCACAGUGCCUUGAAUGUUUUAGUAUGUUGUUGAUAGUGUAUGUUUCUUCAAGCCCUUCAAAGUGCUAUACAUUUGCCUCAGUUGUCUUCAUUGCUUAACUGCUUGGAUGAGCUAUGAGUCACUUUUCUUUGUGCAGAUUAUUGCAUGUGGAGCCAGUUUAGCUAAUGCAGACGGAAAUUAUAGGACUCACAAAUCUCUGAAAGUGUGUUUUAGUGGCACCAAGUAUUUGAUGUGCUUUUGAUCAUUUUCUUCUCAUAUCAUAAAGCCUUGCGAGAUUUUGGACCAGUUCAACAGAAAAUAACUUCAAGCUUUAGUGAACACUAUACAGAAGCAUUGAAGGUUUUUUUUUGUUAAUCUCCUGAAGGCAAUUUCAACGGAGGUGUUACAUGCCUUAAUAAGACCCAAGAAAACUAGGGGAGAAAUGUUCUGGGUAACUGUAAAAAGUUUGCCAACUCUAGAUUGUGUGCAUAUUUUAUGUUAUAAACACAUUAGUUAUAUUUAUUUACUCAGCCAAUGAGGUUAAUAGCGGCGAAGCAGUUAUAUUUUGAAAUUGAAUGCUGUGGAACUCGUAAAAUUUAAUAGAAGUUCUUGAAGCCUUCAUACCAUGUAUGCUACAUGAUACAGUGGGCGCCAACAGCAACCUGUUGGACUUGUUAACCAAGUUUGUUCCAAGAGAAAACAUGCAAUACAUUUGCUUUAUUCCGUCAAGUUUUUUUCACACAAUUUUUUUAUUUCAAAAGUGUGUACAGUAAAGUUUACCACUUACGUUAAUUCAUCCAGAACAUUGAAGGGGAAAGAAAAACGUGUUAAAGAAAGUUUUCUAUUAGAACAUGUUAUAAAUAUAUAAUUGUUUAAACAAACAAUGAUCAAACGAAUUACAUUACUUUGUAAAAUGCAUGAGUGACUUGCAUCAGUAGGUAAUAGAAAGCAAACUAAGAGCUCUGUGACCCAGAUGGGUAAGACUCUUUAGCAAUAUUAAUACUGAUUCUUCAAUUCACAUGACACUUGCUGCUUUGCUAGGUAGAGCUCUUUGAUAUGUGCCACUGCUUUCUGAUUUAUAACUUGCACCAAGGGCUAUAUAUUGUAAUUUUUUUACCUCAUUCUUUUCACCCUUCAUCAUUUGCUUGCAUGCUGCUGUUGUGGCCUCUCAGCAUCAAAUGACAAUAAAAUAACAGAAUUGAAGGAAUAGAACUGUUACAAAAUACGACCCCAGUUUCUGUUUUCUUAAUAUCCUUUUCCUUGAUUUCUGGUUCCUCAAUUUUUACUUUUGAAAGUUGUCACUUGUUUCCAGAAAAAUUUAGAACAAGACAUGCAUCACUUCUGCUCAACAGUGGAAGCUGAGCUUGUGAAUAAGGAAAGGACAUGGGGGAAUGAUGAUGGCAAGUUGGUAAUAGUUUACCUGAUCAGCGCAAACUUAAUGCAAAAUAUUAAGGUAUGAGUGCAACAUUGGUUUGAAAGUUAGUGCUAGUUCAGGAUAUUUGUAUAUCUACUGUGAAGAUUACAGAAACUAUAUUUAUCCUCUUUGCAGCUUAUUGCUUCCACUUCAACUCUAUAGGUACGGAUUUGGAACUCAAGAUAGCUUUUUUGUUGCCAGGUCAUUAAAUACAGAUACUGAUACCUGCUAUAUUAAAGUGUCAUAAACGAUGCUAUUUUUGUACUCUUUCUAUACCAACCGGUCCCGUAAAGUUGACUGUACUGACACUGUUUCAGCGUUCUGGAGAGUUGUGCAGCUGAUGAUUUCUCAUGUAGUCUAAGCAUAAGUCAUAGUCUGACUUGAUUGUGUGCAUGAAGGUGCAGAGCUGUGAUCUUGUGAAGAUGCUUUGCAAUUUGCGAACAGUAAAAUGUGUAAGAAAUUUAUACUGAAUAUAUUGGCAGCCUUAGUUUGAAGUGUUCAUUCAUUAGUCCUGUUCAUUAUUUGCAGUUUUUGCAGUAUGAAAGUUCAGGUACAUUAUUUUUGUUGCAACUUCUAUUGUCCAUUUCAGCUUCUGUUCAUUGCUUUUUGUAUAUGUGUGAAGGUUUAAUAAAUUCAUAAUAUGAGAGUUA